GACACAUGAAGACACACACUUGAAAACUCACAGUGUGGUCGCCAUGUAGGAGCUCAGUGUUCCUCACUCUCUCCUGUGACCAAGGACAGGAGGGGUGGCCUUUUCUGCAUUUCCGCGUCCUUCUGACUGUGAGUGUCAUGUGAGCUGAUUGAGACGCUGAGCUGACGUCUUUGAAGGCACAGUCUCUGACUCCUCAACAUAUCCUGACCUGAGAAAAGAACCCAGACCCUCAUCAGGACCAGGACCAGGACCAAAUGGCUGCUUCUCAGGGACCAUUGACCUUCAGGGAUGUGGCCAUAGAUUUCUCUCAGGAGGAGUGGGAAUGCCUGGACCCAGCUCAGCGGAAAUUGUACCUGGAUGUGAUGUCGGAGAACUACAGCAACCUGAUCUCCCUGGCUAUCUUAUCCGAAGACAACCAGGCCUUUUUGCAAAAGCCAAAAAUAGGAGAUUUAUUCCCUAAAAUAAUACUGAAUAUAUGCAAUGAAGUCAGAAGUUACCAAUGCAAGGAACAUUGGAAAAAUUUUAAACAAGGGUCAAAUUCUAUUAUAAACCAGAAAAUUCAGCUUCCAGAGAACCAUUAUAAUGGUGGGAAAGUCUUUGACCAAAUGUCAAAUCAAAGUAUACUUCAGUUUAUUCAUACUGUGGCAAAAACAAACAAAGGAAGAAAAUGUGAGAAACCUUGGAAACAAUUUUCAAAUCAUACUGAACAAGAUAAUAUUCACACCAGAGAGAAAGCUUACAAAUUUAAUCCGUGUACGAGAUUCUUCAGUCAAAUACUCAAUCUAAAUAAACUUCAGAAAAUCUGUACUGGAGAAAAACAUUAUAAAUGUAAAGAAUGUGGCAAAACAUUUAAUUUCCUUUCAAAUAUUCGUGAACAUGAGAGAAUUCAUACUGGAGAGAGGCCUUAUAAAUGUAGAGAAUGUGGCAAAGCCUUCAACCGGUCCUCAGCCUUUAUUUAUCAUAAGAGAAUUCAUACCGGAGAGAAGCCUUAUAAAUGUAGAGAAUGUGGCAAAGCCUUCAGGAGCUCCACAACCCUUUCUGGCCAUCAGAUAACUCAUACUGCAGAGAAACCAUAUAAAUGUGGAGAGUGUGGCAAAGGCUUCAAGAGGUCCUCAAAGUGUCGUCGUCAUCAGAGUGUUCAUACCAGAGAGAAGCCUUAUAAAUGUCGAGAAUGUGGCAAAGCCUUCACUGAACCCUCAAUCCUCAAUCAACAUCAGAGAGUUCAUACUGGAGAGAGACCUUAUAAAUGUAAAGAAUGUGGCAAAGCCUUCAGUGCGGCAUCAAGCUUUGCUUAUCAUCAGAGAGUGCACACUGGAGAGAAGCCCUAUCAAUGUGGAGAAUGUGGCAAAGCCUUCAGUGCAACAUCAAGCUUUGCUUAUCAUCAGAGAGUGCACACUGGAGAGAAGCCCUAUCAAUGUGGAGAAUGUGGCAAAGCCUUCAGUGCAACAUCAAGCUUUGCUUAUCAUCAGAGAGUGCACACUGGGGAGAAGCCCUAUAAAUGUGGAGAAUGUGGCAAGGCCUUCAGUGCGGCAUCAACACUUACUUUUCAUCAGAGAGUUCACACUGGAGAGAAGCCCUAUCAAUGUAGAGAAUGUGGCAAAGCCUUCAGUGCGGCAUCAAGCUUUGCUUAUCAUCAGAGAGUGCACACUGGGGAGAAGCCCUAGAAAUGUGGAGAAUGUGGCAAGGCCUUCAGUGCGGCAUCAACACUUACUUUUCAUCAGAGAGUUCACACUGGAGAGAAGCCCUAUAAAUGUAGAGAGUGUGGCAAAGCCUUUACCAGCUCCUCAUCCCUUACUUAUCAUCAGAGAGUUCAUACUGGAGAGAAACCCUAUAAAUGUAGAGAAUGUGGCAAAGCUUAUAGUAGGUCCUCAGCUCUUAUUUAUCAUCAGAGAAUUCAUAAUAUAGAGAAGCCUUUUAAAUGUAAAGAAUGUGGCAAAGCCUUUAACCAGUCUUCUAUAUUAGUUGUUCAUCCAUGCUGAGAGAAUAUUCAUUCUGGGGAGGAGGCUUACAAAUGGAAUCCAUGUGGGAGAGUCUUCAGUCAAAUAUUCAAUCUAAAUAUAAUGGAAAAAAUCCAUAGUGGAGAAAAACCUUAUCAAUGUAAAGAUUCUGGUAAAACAUCUAAUUGGCCUUCAAGUUUGACUCUAAAUCAGAAAAUUCACACUGCAGAGAAGAGUUACAAAUGUAAAGCAUGUGGCAAAGCCUUUAAAUGUCAUUCAUCUCUUAUUGUACAUAAGGAAGGAAAUCAUACUAUAGCAAAAUUUCACAAACUGGGGGAAAAUGGAAAAGGCUUUAGUCAGUCCUCAAGACAUAAUCAACAUCAUAGAAUUCAUACAGAAGAAAAGUCUUAUAAAUGUUCAGAGUGUGGUAAAGUCUUUAGCCAGCCCUCAACUCUUAAUAUUCAUCUGAGAAUUCACACUGGAGACAACCCUUAUAAAUAUAGAGAAUGUGGCAAAUUCUUUAACAGCCAUGCAAUUCUUAGUAAUCAUCACAGUGUUCAUACUGAAGAUAAGCCUUAUAAAUGUAGAGAAUGUGGUAAAGGAUUCCUCCACGUCUCAAACAUGAUUCGACAUCAGAAAGUUCACACUGGAGAGAAACCUUACAAAUGUAUAGAAUGUGGCAAAGCCUUUAACCAGUCUUCCUCCCUUAAUCGUCAUCAGAGUGUUCAUACUGGAGAGAAGCCUUAUAAAUGUACAGAAUGUGGCAAAGCGUUCAGUGAGUCCGCAACCCUUAAUCGACAUCAGAGAGUUCAUACUGGAGAGAAGCUGUAUAAAUGUAGAGAAUGUGACCAAGCCUUUAGCUGGCCCUCAACCCUUAGUAAUCAUCAGAAAAUUCACACUGGAGAGAAACCUUAUAAAUGUAAAGAAUAUGGCAAAUCCUUUACCAGCCAUGCAGGUCUUACUAAUCAUCAAGGUGUUCAUACUGAAGAUAAACCUUAUAAAUGUAGAGAAUGUGGUAAAGCAUUCCUCCAUGCCUCAAACAUGAUUCGACAUCAGAAAGUUCAUACUGGAGAGAAACCUUACAAAUGUAUAGAAUGUGGCAAAGCCUUUAGCGAUUCAUCAAUUCAUACUGGUGAGAAGCCUUAUAAAUGUAGAGAAUGUGGCAAAGCCUUUAGCUGGUCCUCAAACCUUACCACGCAUCAGAGAGUUCACACUGGAGAGAAGCCUUAUAAAUGUGGAGAGUGUGGCAAAGCCUACAGGCAUUCCUCAGCCCUUAUUUACCAUCAAAGAGUUCAUACUGGAGAGAAGCCUUAUAUGUGUGGAAAAUGUGGCAAAUCCUUUGGCAAUGCUUCAAACCUCUUGGCACAUCAGAGAAAAAAAAUCCACAGUGGAAAAAAAUCUUACAAAUGUAGAGAAUGUGGUAAAGGAUUCCUUUCUGCCUCAAAUCUGAAUCGACAUCAGAAAAUUCAUAAUGGAGAGAAACAUUACAAAUGCAGAGAAUGUGGCAAAGCCUUUAUAUCAUUCUCACACCUUACUACGCAUCAGAGAGUUCAUACUGGAGAGAAGCCUUAUAAAUGUAGAGAAUGUGGCAAAGCCUUUUGCGAUUCCUCCUCUCUUAAUAGACAUCAGAGAAUUCAUACAGGAGAGAAACCUUAUAAAUGCAGAGAAUGUGGCAAAGCCUUUUGCGAUUACUCCUCUCUUAAUAGACAUCAGAGAAUUCAUACAGGAGAGAAACCUUAUAAAUGUAGAGAAUGUGGCAAAGCCUUUACUGGUUACUCCUCUAUUCAUCAUCAUCGGAGAGUUCACACUGGAGAGAAGCCUUAUAAAUGUAGAGAAUGUGGCAAAGCCUUUAGUGCUUCCUCCUCUCUUAAUCAACAUCAGAGAGUUCAUACUGGAGAGAAGCCUUAUAAAUGUAGAGAAUGUGGCAAUGCCUUUACAUCUUCCUCUUCCCUUAAUCGACACCAGAGUGUCCAUACUGGAGAGAAGCCUUUUAAAUGUAGAGAAUGUGGUAAAGCCUUUAGACGGUCCUCACAACUUGCUAAGCAUAAGAAAGUUCAUAUCAAUAGAAAGAAGCCACAUGAAUGAAGAGAAUGUAGCACAUCCAUUGGCAGCUCCUCAAACCUUACUGCACAUCAGAGAGGUCAUACUGGAUAGGAGCCUUAUAAAUGUAAGCAUGUAACAAAGCCUUUAAUCAGUGUUUCUGCCUUAUUGUACAGCAGAGUUCAUACUUGAGAGAAGUAUUACAGAUAUGUGGAGUGUCAUAAAUCCUUGACCAGCAGUGAACUUACUGAACAUCACAGAAUUCUGACUGUGAACAAGCCUUAUGAAUGUGAAAAAUGUAGUAAAGCCUUUGAAAUCCAUUCAUGUAUUACUAUAUAUGGGAGACUUCAUACUGAAGGAGAAACCUUUAACAUGCAGAGCAUGUGCAAGAUCCUAUACCUGUAGACAUAAUGGAUAUCAGAUUCUUAUAGUAGGGGAAAGCUUUAAACUAUACAAAAUGUGAGAAAGCACUGACUGGCUUGCUUCAGUGGUUUAGCUUAGAUGUUUGAACCAGGAUGUCAGGGUGCAAUUCCUGCUCAGGGCACAAGCCCCAGUUGGGGGCUCAAUUCCAGGUAUGGAUCAUACAGGAUCCAGCCGAUCAGUGAUGCCCUCUCAUCAUUGAUGUUUCUAUAGCCCCAUCUCUUUUCCUCUCUGUGCUAUAACAAUGGCAUCUAAACUUCCUCCCCCACAUCAGCCCUUCAGGCC